UUGAUCGAUAACCUUAUCGUGCAUUAUUUGAUGAUGUUGUUGAGGAGGGCCUCAGUGGAGUGUACUUCUGAACAUGCUACUUGCUUGAUCGAGGACCUUUGUUUAGUGAUCUUAUUGUCGGCUUCAAUAGUCGACGUUGUAUCUGAUAUUUACUAUAUACUAAUUUGAUUAUUCCUCCCUUUGAUUUGCGUGUAAGGAUUAAUUAGAUUUCUAUGUAUCAAGUACCACCAUGUCUACCUCAACCAUCCCAGUGAAAGAGAAGAUAAACCGCAAUGAAGCAAAUAAGUUGAAGGUAGGUAUCUUCAAUGCUCACUUCUUUGUCCCAAGAUCAAUAACAAUACUAAACAUAAAGCAAGGUGAUAAUAGUCGGCGCAGGUCUCGGUGGACUAGGCGCUGCAAUUGCGAUUUCUCUCGCCGGUCACUCAGUUACCGUCCUCGAAUCUGCACAUGAAAUCGGCGAAGUACGCUCCAAUUGUUCCAAGUCCCAGCUCUACCUCUUUUCCAGACUAUCAACAAACUAACACGUCUAAUCCACCACAGGUAGGAGCCGGAAUCCAAAUCCUGCCUCCCACAUCCCUCAUCCUUCGCACUUGGGGACUGCUCCCCUAUCUCUCUUCCCACAGCACGUCUCCUUCGCACGUCAACAUGCUCUCGUGGAAAGGUAACAUCAUAUCGACAAUGAAUACUAAAGAGAGCGCGGCACAGUAUCCAGAAACUGUUUACUGGGAUUUCCAUCGCGCGAACUUACAUAGGGGGUUAUAUGAACGGGCAUUGGAGCUAGGAGCUAAGGUUAAAGUAGGGAUGAGGGUGGUAGAUGUGGAGAUUCUAGAAGAUGGGGCAAGGGUAGUGUUGGAGAGAGGUGCUGGCGAAGAAAAGAUGAAGAAUGAAGAGAACGAGGAGGAGGAUCUAAAAGCCGAUUUAGUAGUCGGUGCCGAUGGGAUCUUUAGUAAAUUAAGGGAGGUCAUGUUAGGACGAGAAGAUGCGCCAGAUCUUACCGGAGACUUGGCUUAUAGAUUGUUGUUAUCUACUAAGGAUAUGUUAGCAGAUGACGAAUUGGCGGAUUUCGUGAAGAAUCCCCAGGUGAAUUAUUGGUUGGGCCCAGACAUGCAUGCUGGUGUGUUUUUCUUUUUCUUCAUCUUCAGCCUUUUUGGAAAUGUGUUGAGAUUAACACAACUAUUAGUGAACUACGUUCUUAGAGGCGGCGAACUGUUCAAUAUGGUUCUUCUUGUUCCAGAUGAUAUGCCCGCUGGUGCUACUACUUUAGAAGGUAAUGUGGAAGAAAUGCGGGCGUUAUUUAAAGAUUGGGAUCCAAGGUAGUUGCCCUUUCUCCUCUUGUAGUACCACUGCUGACAUAAUAUUCGUUUCAAUUAAUCAGGAUCCCGAAACUACUUAGCAUGUGUGAAUCAGUGUACAAAUGGCGUCUUUGUACUCGUCCCGGCCUGGAUAAUUGGAGUCAUCCAUCCGGUCAUUUCACUCUUCUAGGAGAUGCUGUUCAUGCUACUCUUCCUUAUCUUGCUUCUGGGUAUUGUUUACUUUUUUCAUUUCUUCAUUACCAGCGUUACCAUGGUAUUUUGGCAAUGGUUGAUUGCAUAUAUAGUCAAUGUGCAAGAUAUUCCUUUGUAUGGAGAAGUCUCACCUAAGAUACUCUUUUUAUCUUUACCCUUACAUUUCUACGUACAUAUUUCUCAUUUCAAUCAUUCAAUCAUUCAAUCAUUCAAUCAUAGAAUUAGAGCAUUUUAUACCAUUUGCCAAUUGUGUUCAAAAUCUAACCUCUCCUGAAGUGCAGGAAUGUCACUCGAAGACGCCGCCGUCCUGGGCGAGCUCUUCUCCCACUACCCCAACCCAUCUCCCGCGCCCUCUUCUCCCACUCCCAACCAAAAAUCUUCCUUUCUCCGCCACAUUCUCCCUAUCUAUCAAGCCGUCCGCGCACCUCGGACUCAGACGGUUGUAGAGCGAGGCAAUACUCAACAAUAUCUCUAUCAUCUCCACGACGGCGCUGAGCAAAUCGAGCGAGAUCGGAAGAUGAGGGAGGAAGAAGAAGGGGAAGCAUUGGCAUGGAGGGAUAAAGGUUUUGCACCGUGGUUGUUGGGGUAUAGAGCUGCAGAUGAGGUGAGUUCUUGUAGAUGUUUACUGUUAUUUUUAUUCUUAUUUUUAUUUUCGAGGAUGGAAAUCUUGUGUGAUCAGAUAGUAAUGUGCUUCACUGUAGGUUGAAAAAUAUUGGAUUCCCUUCUUAGAACAGUCUCAAAACGAGGCUUGUACAAAUACGGCUGGUGAGGAUGGUGAAGAUGGAUCUCAUGCUAGAUUAUAGCGUUCAAUCUGUAUAACAUCACAUUUAUUUUCCAACAAAAAAGCCUUUCGAGGGGGAUGGAUACAUGAAAACCUAAUAAACAUGAUGCCAAAUCCAUAUACGGUGUAGUUAACUACGAUAACUGUGACCUUCAUCACUAAAUAUGACAAUAUCAGUACCGUACCUGAUAAAACCGCAUUCCCGCAAUAAUUUUUAAGAG